AUUUUUGUCUCCUUCCUCUGUUCCUUCCCCUUCAGCCCUUACUCUAUUUAUUUAUAUUCUCCUUUCAUCCCAAUUUCCUCAUUUCCUUUCCAAAAUCCCAUACCCAAAAAAAUUCUACAAGUUAUUAUUUCCCGAUACCGAAGAGAAAUAGAGAUAAUUAUGGCAGAAGAGCAUGGAUGUGAAGCACCAGAAGGACAUAUAUUAUGUGCAAACAAUUGUGGUUUUUUUGGUAGUCCAACAACCUUAAAUUUCUGUUCCAAAUGUUACCAUGAAGUUUAUCUAAAAGGAAGUCAACAACAACAAUCCCAACAAAAACCCUUUUCGAAACCGGUAUUGGUUUUUCCAGAACCGGUUAAAAUAGAGCAAAAACCGGUAGUUUUGGAGGUAAUUGAACCGGUGCCGGUUCAACCGAACCGGUGUUCGGUUUGUCGAAAGAAGGUUGGGUUGACCGGGUUUAAGUGUAGAUGUGGGACCACUUUUUGUGGGACCCAUAGGUAUCCCGAGAUUCACGGCUGUCCGUUUGAUUUCAAAUCUAUGGGAAGAGAAGCUAUAGCUAAAGCUAAUCCGUUGAUUAAAGCUGAGAAAUUGGACAAGAUUUAAUCACAGCCGUUGGAUUUAGAUCGUCGGUAAAUGGUGAUGGAUGUCAUUGCGAAUUAUUUGAUCAUGGGGGCUGAAUUGAGAAGAGAUAAAUCUUUGGGGUGUUCUUCCAUUGUUGACCAAAAAAUGUGAAUUAAUUAGUGUAUAUUUCUUUUUUUUUUAAUAUUUUUUAUCUUUUGCUUGGAAAUAAUUAAUGGUUUGGCUUUGUUUUGUAGAUUUAACUUUACUGUCUUUGGCAUUUGGAUUAUUCUCCAUUGAGGUUAUCACCAUGCAUUAUUUGGUUAAAUAAAGACAGAUGAUGGAAUUUAUACAAA